AUGAGGAAAUUCUUUGAUGAGGAUGAAUUGGGGAUGAAGAUAAAAGAACUCGGCAGGACCUGCUGGGAAGUCAUGUGGAAAAGUAAGUCCCGGAGGCCCCGCCUUCCCAACUAACGAAUGCCAUUUUAGUUCGACAGCAGGUAAGAACGGGCUUGAAGACGUACCUUCGCAAACUGAUGGACGAAAAGUGACUCCCGCGGCACAACUACAUAUUCGCUACUAUAUUAAUUGAUUACCCGAUUUCGAUAAAGGCAGCCUCAAUUCGCAAAGUCUCUGUGAGCUCCAUUGACUGUGAUUAAAUAAAAUGUAAUCAACAUGACAAAAGACCUUGAUUUCAUGGCCAGGUAGUGAGUACUGGCACGCUUGUGAUGACUGCUCUCGGGUGCGAUAGAAAUACUGGGCAGUGCGAAUGGGCACUUGGUGGUAGUUUGCUAACUAGCUGUUGACCAACUGUGUGAGGGAGAGUCAGAGAAAGAAUGGAGAUCAAAAUACGUGAUUCCAACGUGACGGAGCCAGAUGGGCUGAGGGAAGUCAAAGAUGGUGCAUCAAUCGGACAGGGAAGAAAGCGCCAACUGAAGUGGGUCACAGAUAUAGUUUGUAAUAUUAAACUACCUAAACAAAGUGAGUAGACAUUAUUUAAGAAUACAACUUACUGGACUUGUGAAUCCCCAUUAAUCUGAUAUCCCAGGAUUUGCAGAAAGCCCUCUAGGGCAUGGUGUUUUAUACAGAGAUGAUUGUGAGAACGCCACUCUGAUAUUACGCUAUGCAUGCGCGUUGUUGAGGUAUUAGCAAAAACCAUGAAGAAAAGUUUAUACAUAAAAAGAUUGAUCGUGUGUCGUGGCUAUAUGAAGAGCAAAGAGUGAACUGCCAGUCCGAGAAUAAUAAGUAAGGUCUGUACUUAUUGGUGGUAUAGGGUAAGUGUUAGAUAACCACAAGCAGACUUCAAAAAAUCUGAUAUUAAAAUGUUGAAGCAAAUCGUUCGAACGAUGUCAUACUUUGUUGUUUCGAGUUUAAGGCAGCUUGGUCCACUGAACGUGUUUUAAGGCUUAAAGGCCACUAAUACGGCACAUAAGAGUCAAAAAUUGAACGCCUUGCUGCGAUGAAAAGUGGGACAGUAGAUCAUCCGUGCAAAAGCUCAUAACCAGCGCCGAAUUUGUUAUUGAUUAGUCCAUUCAAUGGGGAUAACAGAGAAAUGCCACAAAGAAUCUAGAAUGCCCUGUGAGCGAACGCUCCUGUGAGUCGUUAGUUUUGAGAAUUGAGAGUGGAUGGAGUUACCGCACAUAUCUGAUAACCCGUAUUUUUCACAGCUUAACAUCCGACAUUGCGGGCAUCCGACCUGGGACUAUCACCCCCUACGCAAGUAAAGUACACUAAAAUGUCUACUUUAAACGAAACAGUAGCGCGUUUAUGGCACAUCGCGUUUGCUACAACCGCCGUCUGCAUGUGAAUCAUUAGCAGGUAGGGGGAGGGGGCGGCACGCGCACACGGACAAGGUAUUCGUGGCUUAAGGGAGUUUCUGCUGAAGACUGAAAACACACUGAUUCUAGAAAGUGGAACUUCAGAAAAAUCCUAUCCCACUUCAUAGCAUUAGCACUGACUCGAUGUUUCGUCUAUAUGCCGUAAAAUGAUCAGUGGGAGUCCCUCUACAAAUUCUCGAUCGCAACCGACACGACAAUGUGCAAGGGCUCAGUGGGUGCGGGCGUUGGACUUCUAACCAACAGGUCGCUGGAGAGAGCCCCAGGUGUUCCACAUUCCAGAGUUGGGUGCGACUGGCUGACGACGACGACGACGACUCAUAAGCCAGAAAUGGCCAUCCCAGUCUCCCUUGCCUUUGUCGGUAAGGCUUUUCUGCCUAUAGUAUGAGCCACAGUGGGAUUGCUGGUUUGGCUUGAGAGAACAAGCGUCCUUAGGCACGACGGGACGAGUGAGUUCUGGGCAACGAUAGGGUGAAGAACCCUAAUUAAAUGACUGUAGACAGUAGAUCGUGUACUGAUAUAGGGACUUGCGAAAUCUAGUCAAGUAUUGAGGUCCGGUUGUUGUACCCAAGAGUGGAGAAAUAAAAAAAACCGGAGAUUAAAUGAGCAUGAAUUGAGGGAUAACAGAAAUGCCUGACAGUGGAUAGGCUCAGUUGUUCGAUGGUCAGGGACUCUCUCAAGAUGGAACGUCACCGAAAGUCUUCAGUGUUUUCCUGCAUUCCGUCAGCUUACUGUCUUACGUGCUCACAUUACCAUUAUUAACAGCUAACAGGGCAAACUCCGAGGAUGCAAGUUUUGUCUCAUGAAAAGGUGAGUCCAGGUGUGCAUUCUCGCCUUUUGAAUUCCAGCCAGCCUCUCCACCAGCUUAUAGAACGCGAAAGCCUUCUGCACAGAUCGUAAAUCUGUCCCCGAGAGUCCCGGCAGAAACGGAAGAGAAUGCACUUUCUAAGGUAGUGAAAUACAAUCAUUCUGAUUCGAAUUACUUGGACUUCCUUGCACCAAGGUGACAAUGCAGAAACUGGAAUCGGCAGCUCUUCCAUUAGUUAACCAUAGGUUAGGGGUGCGAUAUUUAGACGACGCAUUUGUUGUCGUGAAAAAGGACCAACUGGAAAUGUCCCGCGUCAUCAUUAACUUAAGCAUUCCGCGAAUUAAAUUUACGCUCGAAAAAGAAGUUGACAACAAACUCCCAUUUCUAGAUGUUCUUAUGCAGCGAAAAACUGACGGAACAUUACACACUUCCGUUUAACGCACAUAAGCAUAUGCGGAAGUAAUUCUACACUAUGUGAGCAAAAGCACAAUAUCCCACCAGCGGAGUACUGUCUAUUACAUCGAGCAAAAACACAUUGCUCUGAUGAUAAAAGGUACCAAAUUGAGCUAAAUUACCUGUUUGGACUAUUUCCUCAGAAUGGCUACCCCAGAAAUUUCGUACGUCAAUCCAUGAGACAGCAAGAGAUAAAAACAAAGGAACUGGUGAGUUCUAAUCAAACGCCGAGAGCAAAUACUUGGCGAAUCCUUCCUUACAUCAGGAAUGUGACUGAACUUGUUGAAAGACACUUGAGGAAGCACCAAAGAAAAAUGACGCACAAGCCGAAGACUACUUUACGCACUCAACUUUUACACCCUAAGGAUAGGGUUGACUAGCCUGAUAAGAAGGACGUCAUCUAUAAGGUCCCAUGCGAUGCCUAGGAUGCCGUAUACUGUGGCCAAACGGGAAAAGUUGCCUCUACAUGCAUCCACGGACAUCAACCGGAAGUUAAGAGGCGAGACCACCCGUUUAAAAUGACCGUGCACACCCUUGAUACUGGACACACUUCCGCAUGGAACAAAAUUUGCAUCGUUGGCGUUUGCCCAUCUAAAAGGUCGAGAGUUUCUUGAGACCGUGGACUCUGAUGAGUCAUGCAUCAAUAGGCAUAGGGAAAAGUGGGAGAGACGAAAACCAAUUGAUACAGACUGACGCACAUGUCGAACAAAUGAUUCUAUGGUUGGCCAAAGUCUGCGCCAAUGUACAUCAAUGGUUUUUCGUCCUCCCCUCGACAUUGGCUGUGCUAGCCUCCAUUUGUCCUUGAUAAACCUGUGUGUGGCAUCUAAAUCGAUAUGCCGAUUGAUGAAUGCCUCAUCUGAGUGCAUUGCCUCCAGGAAUUCGCGGCCUUUCCUUGUUGGGCCGGCGCCAACAAUGCAAGUCUUCUCCCAUGCGAAUUUGUGUCUGAUAUCCAGUGUGUGCAUAGCCAGCUGGGAGAGAUGAUCUCGUAUCUUCACCGCUAACAGAUGCUCAUGUAGGCGGGUUGAGACAGAUUUCACAGUCUGGCCACAGGAGACGGCAUCAGAAGUGGAACAUGGGAUCUCGUGGACAGCACCUUUUCUAACGAGAUAGCCAACCCUGUCCUUUGGGUGAACAAGCUGUGUACGCAAGGUGGUUGCAGGUUGGUGUGCUACUUGUAUCUGAUGUUUGUUCAGUUGUCGUUCAUAGAGCUCAGAUACAUUUUUCACGCAUGUGAAAGUCCGUCAGGUGGAUUUUUUUGGUGCCUGGGCGGCCGUAGUUUUCGAAAUACCGAGAUGUGGUAAUGAAUGGCUGACGACGACUAAUAAGCCAGAAAUGGCCAUUCCAGUCACUCUUGCCUUUGUUGAUAAAACCAUUCUGUUUAUAUCAUGCGCCGCCGUGCGGCUGCUGGUUCGGCUCGAGAGAGAGAACCCGUAAGGCACAACACAACGAGUGAGUGCCGUAAGAACGAUCGGUGAGCGUCCCCCAACCAUUGCAUAUUCCCAAUCGAAAACCGACAGGACAACGGGCCGUGGCCCAGUGGUUAUAGGCGUUGGACUUCUAAUUAACAGGUCGCGGGUUCGAGCCCCAGGUGUUCUAAACGUUGGGGUUGGGUAUAACUGGCUGAGGACGGCUAAUACGCCAGAAAUGACAAUUACAGUCUCCCUUGUCUUUGUCGGUAAUGACAUUAUAUGUAUCCACAUAUAAGUACAGAAUGGUCACACACCGAUCUAUUGGCUCCCCGACGCAAACAAGUUCCUUAUGGGUGGUCAAAGUCACGAACAGGCAACCAACUACCAGGCCGAAGUCGGCCAAGUUAUAAUAGCAGCAAGAAGGGACAGCAGAGAAUGCGCGUAGAUUGAUACAGUACUGUUCGGGCUUAUUUUGCCUUCAUUCAGCCAAGCAUUACCCUGACCAGCAGCUGAGACCAGAAACACAAACAUGCGCAUAGACACACCUAACACAGUUGGUCCACCACUGGGGUCUACCAGAUGGGCCAUAUGCACUUCAUCGAACCGAAGUUCAUCCUAUAUACGUAUAUAUAUAUAUAUAUAUAUAUAGAUCGGUGUGCGCCCAUUCCUGAUUGAUAUAUAUAUAUAUAUAUGAAUUGGAACGCAGGUAUCUGCCGUUCUUUUUUUAAAAAUUAAUUCUGCGGACCCAGAACACCGGCAGUAAAAUGUCCGCCUGGGCACUGGACAGCAUUGAUGCAAAGAAGGGUAACAUUAAGUCAACAGGACACGCAUGAACGUGACAAAAAGUCGACUGUGACAGUCGAGGAUGAUAAACGCAGGCAAGGUGCACAUCCGGUGUUAUCGGAUAAACAUGUCAUUAUUACAGUCGGCACGCAGGACGCUGAAGGAAAGACAGGGACACCCCUACUGUGAGGCUAACUGGAGCAAACGUAUGGCGUCAUGACGGGGCUGAAUGUAUGUGUGUAUCUGUGCAAGUUAGUGCACCCUGAACAGGCAGCCCCAGGCACGCAGCUUCACUCACUUGGCUAUAAAAGUGAGUGAAGGCUAGCCGAGUACCACGCCGCCAUCGAGAACAUGAAGGUUGCUAUCCUUGGACUCUUCGUAAUUCUCGCAGCGACUCUCGCCGUCGUUAGGUAAGGAAACUUCGCCUUUAGCUUAACAUCUUCACUCUUCUAGUGCGGUAAGUUAGCCAGAGGAGGUUAAAAAGGCCGGAGGGAACCCCCCCACUUCCGUUAGAAGCGCAUCUUGGCUACUGUUUGUCCCUUUUUAGGGCGAGGAGGAGGAGAAGCUGAAUGAUCUGAGAAGGCAGGUCAUAAGCAAAGGGGGAGAAUGCAUUAAAAAAGUCCGCAGGUUCUUCGAGGAUGACGAGCUCGGCAAGGCAAUAGCAGAACUGGGUGAGGACAUUCUGGAAGUCCUUAAGAAAAGUAAGUCCCUUCCCCCUUCCUGGAGACGCUAAUGCAACUUCGUGCAGUUCGCAUGCGAGCCGUCAAGGGAAUCGCUACCUAUGUGAAGAAUUUGAAGGAAUAA